CAAUUAUUUCAACUAUUAAGAUAAUUUAUGCAUGUAUGUAGUAGCGUCCACCUGAUUUUGAAGGUAGACUUGUGAUUGUCGAGUCGCUUUUUUUUACUUUUUUUUGAAGAACAAUCGGUUCGUUUCAAACGGCGUAAUUUUAUGCGCCGUGUCUAAUACUAAUUUGUACAACUUCAAAACGUGCUUUCAUUUACAAUCAUUAUCCACAUCAACUAUAAAGGCAUGUCGUAUGUAGCUACAGAUUUGGCGAAAAAAGUUUUUGGAUGAAUAAUCAUUUUUUAGCUAGAGCCGUUUGAUGCAUCAGUAGUAUUAUGUUAGUAUGCGACAUUUUGUAAACGAGAAAUAACUUUGGUGCGAGGAUCGAGGGAAUUAGCAAUAAAUUACUGCCUUUUGCCCCUAAUUAUUUGUAUUUGUACAAAUUUUUACUUCGUAAGUUUAGUCUUUAAUUUGUAGUUUCUAUUUUUAUGAUGAAAUGUGUGUUUUCAUAUCUGCUAUAAAGCCAGAGCUUUUAUAGCACUUUUAAUACUACGCUUCACAGCAUUAUUUUCUAUCUAUAAGUUAAUUUAUAGCUAAAUUAUCGCCACUUAAAAAGAAUUUUUCGUUAAAAAAGAUAUUAAGCCGAAACAAUGCAAAUAGUUUGUUUAUGUUUUAAAAGGUUUACCAAAUGGGUUGCUUGGGAAAAAACCAACCUGCAGUACAGGAAAUGUAUAUGUUUAAAUUAUCGUACAUUAAUACAUAUCGGCAAAUUUUGCACCUGUUUUCCAGUCUAGAAUCUUUAGCAACUUAUCAAUAUUUCACUUAUCUCCGUUAUUAACUACAAACCGUUUAAUGCAUUUUGUUAUAUAUUGAUAGUGUAUAACAUUAGUCAUAUAGCCACAGGAAAAACUUUGAAAAAGCAAAAUAUAAAAGUGUCGAUGCUGGUAAUUGGGAGGUUCGGAAUGAAAAGUUGAUAAAGACAUUUGUAUUUCAUACAAACAAUUAAUAAGUACUCUUGAUUCGAAUUCUCAAACUUAAAUCUUUGCCUGGCCAUAUAUUUUUCCUGUUUUUUGAGCAUUAACUUUCAUUUCCUAUUCCAUUUCGACUUAUUCUCAUGUAUCUUUCUUUUCGUAAAACCUCUCGUCCUUUAUGGAAACCUUCAUAGAGAACUUCGAUUAAGUCAUGUGACGUAAGCCACUUGUCAAAAGUGUUAAUUUUGGUUUAUAUUACAUGUUGUUAUAAGUUUAGCUGAUGUUUUGAAUUCUUUCUUCAUGGACAGCGUGCUGGUGAAACUAUCGCCUCGUAUGCAUUAAGUGCUGUUUAGCCAUACUGCGUGGAUUUGAAAUUUUUACCCGUGCUUUCAUAAUGCAGUCUAUUUGAAGAAAUUCUAUUUUCUGACAAAGUCUUAAGCGAAAAAGUAUCAUGAAACAAAAGCGCAUAAAAAGGCAGUACAAACAUAUAGUCUACGUCUUGUGUUUGUUGCCUUAACACUCAUUCAGACCAAUAUCGUACAAUUCCAUUCUUCCUUUUAUGUAUUUGUUUGCUUUGAUUAAUCCCUACAAAAAUAGAUGAGUGUGUCCUUGUUGUCUUUUAAGCACUUUUUAAUGAACGUUGAAGUAGUGUUGAAACAUUUACGAGGGUGGUAUAUUAAAGACAUCUACAAAAGCCAGUGAUAAAUCAUCCGUCAAAUCGUAAUCCCUGCUUUUUCUUUACCUGUAUUAAUGUGAGUGAUAGGUUAUUGCAGUUGUUCAUCCUUGUUAUACCUGUACACAUUCAAAAUAUGUUUUGUACAUACAAGUCUUUAUAUUGGUUGAAUGUAGCUAAGUAAAUGCCAAAGUGUUUUGAUACCAAGGGCGCUCACUUUUUUGCGGUUUUAAGUGUUCCGUAUAUGAAUUUGUUGAACGACAACUUGUAUAAACGUAAUUUGUCGUCAUUAUGAGAUCGCUUAUGUUGAAAAGCGUAUGAUAGCUUUUGUUCGAUUGUUUUAGCAAUUCUUUGCAAAUGCGUGCACAGCUCGUUUGUCAUUCAACUCCUUUUGACGCUGAUUUAAGUAAUUUUCGACGCACAUCUUCCCAAUUGCAUUUACGCAGCUAAUGAGGAGCGUUCAAGAUGGCUAUUUACGUGUUGAGGUGGGAAAAGCCUUUACAAAGACAGCGAAUAUAACAGGCCGUAAUUUUGACGUUGCCUCUAAUUGAUGACAAAUUUUCUUUGGCGCUCUCUAUGCAAUAUCUUUGCCGUGUUAGAGACCGUGUUUAUUCACAUAGUUCCGUUGCACAGGGAGGUACAGAAACACAGUGUUUUUUUCCACCAGCGGGGCAUCUAUGUAGGAAGGCGUUUAGAGUAAGUAGGUCACCAACAAGCACACACUUGAUAUUUUGGUCACCUGCAUCGCUUUUGUUAGUUGCACUUGUUAUGCGUUCCUGUUAGCUGCAUACUAUCAUAGCUCUUUCUCGUUCGCUCGCACCGACCGAAGUAUGCAGAAAACACAAAAAUCACCGCCUGUCUUUAACGACAAAUUCAGUAUACGUAAAAUGCUUGCGAUCGAUUUGGAAGAUGAGUUGAUGAGUCAGAGCGAGGAGGACAGCGAAAAAACGCGGAUAUCUGCUAAGGUCAAAGACGCUUCUAACGGUAGCUGUGCCGAAUCACAACAUAAAGAAGGAGAAAGUGUGUCAAAGAAAGAUGAGGACGUACCCGUAAAGCCACCAUAUUCCUACAAUGCCCUUAUUAUGAUGGCGAUAAGAAACUCGCCCGAGAAAAGGCUAACCUUAAGUGGUAUUUAUGAGUUUAUUAUUAAGAAUUUUCCGUAUUAUCGGAAUAAUCGGCAAGGAUGGCAAAAUUCGAUCAGGCACAAUCUGUCUUUAAACAAAUGUUUCGUUAAAGUUCCACGACAUUAUGACGAUCCUGGGAAAGGAAACUAUUGGAUGUUAGAUCCUAGCAGUGAUGACAUAAUUAUUGGCGGCACUACGGGAAAACUGAAGCGACGAACAAAUGCAAAUCUGAAACACCGUUUUGCUCUAAAGCAUCAUGGCUUCAUGCACUUUCCCAGUUGGUAUUACACAUCCCAGGCAAGCAACUAUUGGCCUGGUUAUUCACAGUAUUACCCCUCGUGGGAUCCUUACUUAAGUAGAGCAGCGUUAGAAAAUCCUGCUUUCCUAACUCGUCAUCCACAAGAUUCCAGUUUGAACCAUCAUCGAUAUUCUGGCGUGGAAGAAGUGAACACAAAUCCGAUGAGAUAUUCCACUGGUAACUACUCUACAUCUCGUUCUCCUUACUCGAUUCUACCCUCGACAUCUGUUUCCCCUCAUGGUAGUCUCGACGAAAGUCUUGUUGCAAAACAGCGCUGUGUUUGCGAUAAGAAAAUGAUAGAUGUUGGCCGGGAAAAAGGGGAAAAUUCUUGUGAAACGUCUACUUGCAAAAGCUCAUGGUCAAAAUCGAUGCUGAGUUCUUCGCCUUCAUUGUCACAUGAAAUCACCAAAACUCUUUUUUAUUCGCCGUCAAUAAGUUGUAAUAGAUAUGCAUAGGUCAUUUUGAACAGGAUUUAUAUGCGUAAAAUAGUAUAUCCUGAACUGUAUUUCAUUGCUGUUUGUGUAAAUCUCUAUUCAAAUGUAUACGAAUAUCUUACUUUUAGAGAACUCUGUGUAAUUGGUUGCUUUAAAUUGACCACUGCAUCAUUAGUGUAUGUAUUUGUUCUUCCAUACGUCUGUAAAUAAAUAUAAUAUAAAAUGUUAAGCAAAUAUAUCGUAUUUAUUAUUGA